CUCUUCAUCGCCCGCAACCGCCUCCCGCUCGACCUCGUCUGGGACGCAUUCUUCCGUGGCGACAAUGAGGGGAGGUUCUCCAUCUUCGUGCACUCGCGGCCAGGCUUCGUGCUCACCCGCGCCACCACCCGCUCCCGCUUCUUUUACAACCGGCAGGUCAACAACAGCGUCCAGGUGGAUUGGGGGGAGGCGAGCAUGAUCGAGGCCGAGCGCAUCCUUCUCAGCCAUGCACUCAAGGAUCCCUUCAAUGAGCGCUUCGUUUUUGUGUCCGACAGUUGUGUACCAUUGUACAAUUUCAACUACACUUAUGACUACAUAAUGUCUGCAUCAACCAGCUUUGUGGACAGUUUCGCCGAUACAAAACAGGGCAGGUACAAUCCACGAAUGGACCCAAUCAUCCCGGUGGAGAAUUGGAGAAAAGGCUCGCAGUGGGCUGUGCUGAUUAAAAAGCAUGCUGAAGUUGUGGUUUAUGAUGAUGUGGUGUUGCCAGAAUUCAAGAAGCAUUGCAGGAGAAGGCCCUUACCAGAGUUCUGGCGGGACUGGGAUAAACCUAUUCCUGCUGAGGCAUGGAAGGCACAUAACUGCAUACCAGAUGAGCACUAUGUUCAAACAUUGCUUGCACAAAAUGGGCUUGAAGAAGAGCUUACCCGGAGAUCAGUUACACAUAGCGCAUGGGAUCUAUCAUCUUCUAAAGAUCGUGAAAGGCGUGGAUGGCAUCCUGUAACAUACAAAGUCUCUGAUGCUACACCCGCACUUAUAAAAUCCAUUAAGGAUAUUGAUAAUAUAUAUUAUGAGACCGAAUAUAGAAGAGAGUGGUGCACAAGUAAUGAGAGACCAGCACCUUGCUUCCUCUUUGCAAGGAAGUUUACACGCGGAGCCGGUCUGAAGCUUCUUAACUCAUCAUUUAUAGCAGCAAGAUGAUGAGUAUAUAGUGCAGGGGACAUCUGCCAUGUAAAGGUUUUCUCCCUUACAAGCAGAAUACUGCCAGUUUGCAUAUACCUAAAGGAAAAGGGGUGGAGGUGACAGAAAAUAGCAGCGAUUUUUGGCGUGUGUUAGAUAUAAUUUGUUGUACUCUAGAGAGUACAAUAGGGUGUUGUAAAGAGAUAAACUUAUGCUUCAUAUAGCGCUAGGUUAGUACACAUGUUAGCUCACAGCUCAGCUCAGCAUUGUAACUGGAACCGUAAGCAACUAUCCACAGUUGGAUCUGGAAGAACCACUUAAGUUCUAUUCUUGAGAAAAUCCUUUCUGCAAAUUUAUGGAACCAGUUGCAUCUUGUGGCA